UAGCCACAUAUUUGUAUUAUCUGAUAUCUGAUUGAUGACGUCCCCGUAGAACACAGCCAGAUAAUGUGGUAUGUCCUGUUCUGCCUCAUGUCUUAUUCAGUGAAUCAACAGACUCGGAGUGAACACUGCUCUGAAAAUGCUCUCAUGCUACCUCUGAAGCAUUUUUUGAUCCUUUUUGAAAAUUCAGAACAGGAUUAGGAGAAUGCUUAUACAGUGGAUCAUACUUUUCAUUGCAAAUUUUCUAGUGCCAGCAGGUGAAUGCGAUUCCCACACUCUUGAGUUCUUGUCUGUCGGUCUUGCACAGCCUGGAGGUCAAUCACGGGUUACGCAGCAAACUGUAUUUGAUCGAAUCCCAGUCUCUUAUUGUGACAGCUUCACUAAAAAGGAAGAGCCCAAACAAAUCCUGGUGUCAAAAAACAUUUUAUCUGGAAGCUGUGGAGCUGCACAUGAUGACAUCUUAGAGGCUCUCUCGGUGAUUCCAGCAUUUAUUAACAGCACACUGUAUGUCAUCCAAAGAAGGAGGGGCUGCAGCUUGUCAGGUGAUGGGAAUGUCUCUGCUUUUGAAGCCUGGGCAGUGAAUGGGAUGGACUUCUUGACCUUUGACCCUCACUCCCUGGAAUGGAUAUCCCAGUCUCAAGAUGCAGCAUCAGUAAGACUUAGUUGGAACAACAACAAAAGAACAAAUCUUGUGUUUAGUUACUUCAUCAGGACAGAAUGCCCCCUCUUGAUCAAGAGAUUAAAACUGAAAACACCAAGCCAAACACCUAAGACAGAGUUGCACAUUUUUGCCAAGGCAGUUUCUGGUUUGGACAAGGUGUCACUAAGGUGCCAUGUAACAAGCAAUGAGGAGUCAGUGAGCACAGUGCAUCUAAUUGGAGGUGCCGCCUCCAGGGUCACGGUCACUGGACAGCUGCCCUCUGGAGACGGAGGUUUAGUGAUGAGGCUGGCAGCUGAGAUCUCCCCGGGGACAGACUGGAACAAAUAUGGAUGCAGAAUACAAACAAGCAUUCACAACAUCACUGUGAUGUGGGACGAGCAAAAACCCCGUCCUCCUCCAAGUAUUGAUCCACAGGUGAGACAGCAGGCCACCAGUUUGCUGGAGAAUGAGGUCCCUCUUGAACCAAAGAUCGUGAUUCUGGCGUUGCUUUUUGGUGGACAACCUCACCCUUUUGUGGACAGAGUCACUACAGCCUCCCAGCUCCAUCAGGAGUCCCCCGGGAGUCACAUCGGACUCCUGCCCUGGGUCACUGCAGCUCAGAACAAGGGACACAGCCUGAGGCAGGGCUGA